AUGAUUCAGCCGCGCCCGAUGGAGGAGAUCCUCUACAUCGCGUCCGUCGUAGCGCAGCACAAGUUUCCAGUGGACGUGGUGAACAACAUCCUCGAGUUCGCCGGCGUGUUACUCGCCUUCCAAGCCGAAACCUCGGAGAUCCGUCGUGGGCGUAGUGACAUGAACGAGGAUUACCUACAACUGCAGCUGCCCACUGCCGAGGAGCUAGAUAUUCCGCCUGGAGUGGACGUAGGUAAAUGCUUGCUGCUGGUAGCAGACUGCGUAUCCAAGGACCAGGGUUGGGCCACCGAUGGACGCGAAUACAAUGGUACCUACCGCGAGUCAAGUUCAUGGAGCGAGGUGACGGUGACGUCGAUGAACGCAUUGGGGGAAAGGAAUGAGACGGUUCGCGUGCCGUUUUGCCCCAACCUUCGUGCUGGCAGAAACUUCCGCCACCACCGCAAGUACUUUAACAGUUCGUCGGACCUGCUGCACCAUAUCAAGCUGGGAGAUUGCGUGUCGAUCGUGCUCCGGUCGCAGUUUCCCGGGUGGUCAAACACGGCCAAGUACGGUCGGCUCGCAGUCUGCUUUGCAGUGGAGCUGAAUGACAAUUUCUCGUUUGCGGACGUCUCGUUCCCGAGCGCUGACUUGGAGGAGAGCGCGGGCCCCUCUAUCCCUUGCAGUGUUCAGUAA